AUGUUGCUGGGUUGGUUGUGGUUUUGCGCACACAUCUUGUUAACGAUCCCAGGCGUUAAGCAGCUAAAUAGUUAGUUUUAUUCCGCUUCCAGCUAAAUAGUUAGUUUUAUUUUGCGUCCCAGCUAAAUAGUUAGUUUUAUUUUGCGUCCAGCUAAAUAGUUAGUUUUAUUUUGCGUUUCGAUCUGGAGUUGUUCUUACUAAAUACCCGGAUGUCGUGAAGCUUACUGGAACAUUACGCUGCUGCUGCUGCUGCUACGCUUCCUCAUAUUGUUUUGUAAUGAAAUGAGGACCGAAAGAGAAACUUAAACGCCAUCAGCCAAAGCCUAAAGAACAAAAAUCCUAUGGAUGAUCAAUGGGAAUCCUUCGUCACAGACGAGCCAAGUCCUUUGAGAGAAGAUUUAGUGAAUGAUUAUGAAUCCAUUCAUCGUGGUCAGGUUCUUCAACAUCAGUAUGAGACUAUGCUGCCUGGGGUCGCAGGAAAUCCCACCCAGGAGAUCCGGGACAGCGCACCUCCACCUCCACCUCCACCAAGACAUCGGCUCCUGAGUGUCCCCAUUGAGGCGCGGCGCGAACCGCCUCCUCUGCCCCCGCGCAACCCGCCUCCUGUAGGCCCCAGCAGAAAUCGAUUUUACUUCGAUAUUGACCCAAAUACUCCUAAACUGAUGCGAUCCAACACAGAAGUACACAGUUACGAUCCCUGGGCUAUCAGGCUGAUAGACUCUCCAGAAGGCAGCACAAAUAAUCUGGCUUCUUUCAGCAAUGCAACAUCUCAGUUGAUGUCACGAUACCAGCUCACCGACAGGAUUCACAACUCUGGUAUAGUAUGGGGCCGACUGUUAAAUAUCCACCUUGCGCUGCUGCAGCAGGAAGUAAAAGUCACUAUAUUCGAGAACGACACCAUCGAGUUUCCCAUUCCCACCCCAGUGAACAAGAAGGUGAAGGACCUAAUAGAUGAAUACUUCAAGUUGCUUGACCGCACCGCUGACACAAGCAAGGAUUAUAUUUUAAAAUUUUGUGACUCUGAGGAGUUCCUCACAAAUGAAGAACUUCUUGGCUUGCAUGAGAGAGUUCAGAUGUAUUUCAAGACAAAAGAGGUGAUCAAUCUCCGACUGGUUCCAGUAAAUAAUCUGAAUCGCCAUCUUGCCAGAGAUGCUGCAGAUGUUAAGACUGAAUGCAAUUUGCACCAGUUCCUGCGGCCUGUCAGCGUCCACUGCACCGCAAAGUUGAGCAUGGAGAAUGUGCUCAGUGCCUUCAACAAACAUGUGAACGAACUCAUGAGCACUAAGUGUAGUAUGAAUAUCCCUAUGGUUGUUACUAAUGUUCGCGUCAUCAGUAAUCUUCUAUCUGGGCUGACAUGUCACGAGCUAGAGGAUGCCAUUGGUGCCCUUAAUCGAAUCAGUCAUGUAAAUAUGAACCAUAAUGAAAUGAUGGAGUGUGAAGCUGCCUUGGUCAUGCUCAACGGGGCUCUGCUCAAAGUGCUGCAGAUGUAUUUUGAUAAUUUCCACUCAGACUUCAGAACCCACAAACUUAUCGGCACACCCCAAACCGAUGAUGUCGAUAAGAAUGGGGAUAUUUUGCAAUUCAGCAUAGUUUCCAUCUACAAACUAAACCCGAGCUGGAUGAGUAAUUAUGAAAGUUUCUCUGUUUCCUGUGACUUGACAUACGGAGAAAAAAAUAUCAGUGAGACCGGCGUUUCAGAGAAUAUCAGCACGGCCUUCUCACAAGGAAACAACAUCUGCUGUAACCGCCUGAUGGUGUUUCCUGUUCCAGUGAAUGAGUUGCCAUAUGAGAGCAUGCUGACAUUUCGCCUUAAAGGCACAAAGCGAGGGAGAAACCCAGAACUUUUAAGCUGGGCUGUUCUGCCCCUGUACAGCGACAGGACCUUUGUAAGAGGAGCCGUCCUGCUCAGCAUGUCCUCUCUUCCUGAACUGCCGUUCCCUCCGUCUCCUGCCCUGUCCGACAGCCACAGACAGCCUAAAGAAGUCAUACUACAGCUUGAAUUUGACGACCAGUAUGAGUGGGAAUACCGCAGACCCAUUGCUCUUCCCGGGUUAAUCAACUUUACUCAACCUUGUGAUGAAGUGCAAAAGAAAUUAUCAGAGAUCUCCAAAAAGCAUUGCCUCUCUUUCCUGACAAACAAUGAGAAGUCUUUCCUGUGGGACAAACGUUCCUGCAGUGAUAAAGGAAGCGCGUUCCUCCACCUUCUUCUCGGUGGCGUCCCCCGGUGGCAGCCUGAGGACUUGACGGAAAUCUACACAGUGUUAGAGAACUGGCCCAUUCAUCUGCCAGAGGAGGCUCUCUUCCUGCUAACGCCCAGUUUUCCAGAUGAGACAGUCCGAAAAGCUGCGGUAGAUUAUUUUGUUCAGAUUCCAGAUGGAGAGCUGGAGUUGUUUCUGCCACAGCUGGUCCAGGCUCUGAAGAGCGAGUGGAAACUUGACGGGCCUCUGGUGAGGCUGCUGUUGGACCGAUCCCUGAAGAACAUACGGAUUGCUCAUCAACUAUACUGGCUGCUGGAGGAUACCCACACUGACCGCUACUUCCAGAGCUGGCUGAGUAAAGUCCAGGCUGCCUUGAUGCACUGCUGUGGCCGAGCACUGAGGAAGGAGCUGGAUCAUGAAUCCCAUCUGGUGCAGGUUCUCUUUCAGGUGGCCCAAAAAAUUUACUCUGCUGACAAGCCUCAACGUCAGAAUGUUUUGAACAAAGAAAAGGGAGUUAUUGAUGAGUUUUUUAAAAGUGGCAUCACCUGCCGUCUGCCUCUAGAUCCUGCAGUCAGUGUAAAAGCUGUCAACUUGGAUGCAUGUAGGUUCUACAGCUCCAACGCUGCUCCUCUGGGGGUGACAUUCAUUUCUGAAGACUCUCUAACUAAAACCACCAGUGUCAUUUGCAAGGUGGGGGAUGACCUGCGUCAGGACAUGCUGAUUCUUCAGAUAGUCCGUGUGAUGGACUGGGUUUGGCUCCAGGAGGGGCUGGACCUGCAGAUGAUUACGUUCCGGUGUAUUUCUACCGGCAAAGCUCAGGGUCUGGUGGAAGUUGUACCAGAUGCCGUGACGCUGCGAAAGAUUCACCAGGAGUGGGGUGUGAGUGGGACGCUUCGAGUCGACACGCUGGAGAAAUGGUUCCACAUGUUGAACAAAACUAAAGAAGGCUACGAAAAGGCGGUGACGAAUUUCAUCCACUCGUGUGCGGGUUGGUGCGUAGCCACCUUCAUCCUGGGGAUCUGUGAUCGCCACAAUGACAACAUCAUGCUGAAGCGGAGCGGACACAUGUUCCACAUUGACUUUAGCAAAAUCAUGGGAAACGCACAGAAGUUUGCAAAUAUACCUAGGGACAGAAGACCCUUCGUUUUCACGUCUGAGAUGCAGCACUUCAUCGCAGGCGGCGGAGAGAAACCUCAGCGCUUGCAUCACUUUGUGGAGCUCUGCUGUGAAGCUUAUAACAUCAUCAGAAGCCGCUCUGCACUGAUACUCAGCAUGUUGGAGCUGCUGCUUUCUGCAGAACUCCCAGAACUGAAGGACUUCAAUGACUUGCAGUUCGUCCUGAACAACCUCAGACCUCAUGACACAGACCUAGAAGCCACUUCCUACUUUACCAAAAAAAUCAAGGAGAGUAUGGACUGUGUGGCUGUCAAGUUUAACUUCUUCACCCACACCAUGGUUCAGCCAAAGAAACAACAGACAACACGCCGGCACAGCCUUCCUGGAACCAACACCAACAUCCAGAAAGCCGUCAUCCAGGACUUUUCUGUCAAGGGACGAGUUGUGACUUACAACCUAACAAUAACAAUUGAUGAUGGAGUUUUGACGAGUCAGAAGACAUUCAAAGAGUUUGAACUGAUCCACAAUAAGCUCCAGACUUACUUCAUUGAAUCUAAGCUGCCGCAGUUUCCAAGCUGGUAUCAAAUGUCGUUUACUCCACAGAAGAGGAAGGCUCUGCUGAAUACUUACUUAAAACAGCUCUUUGAGGGGCCGUGCAAGGGAGAUGAAUAUGUGUGCAGCUUGUUUCUAGAUGGUCCCAGUGCCAAAACUAAUGUGGGAACAGGAGGCCGUCCUCAGAUCCAGCUGCGUAUAUCGUACUCAAACUGCAAGCUCUCUGUGUUGGUGAAACACCUGCAGAACAUCAAGUUGCCAAAUGGUUCAAACCCUGAUGCCUACGUGGUCACGCGGCUGAGACCAGACCCUGCGCAGACCUCCAAGAGGAAGACGAAGGUGGUCAGCAACAACGACCACCCGACCUUCAAUGAGCUGCUGGAGUACAACUGUAUCCCGCUGCUGGAUGGGAUUUCACUGAAGGUGACGGUGAAGAGCAGAAAGGCCAAGAAGACAUUUGUAGCUGCAACCAGUAUUAAACUGGAAGAAGACCUGCUGGACAAGGAGCUGUGCUUUCCCCUUGGGAACUGUGUAAUCUGACCCUGAGGACUGCACUGUGAGCCUGCCGCCAGCAGGGGGAGCCAACACACUUACUGUAUUAUAUGUUUUAUUUUAAUGUAGGCAAGGAAAUACAGGACAUCAUCCACUAAGAAAUCUUAUAAAUUAUAUUUCUCUACAAAAGCUAUGUUAACCUACCUCCAGAAUUUAAAGCACUGACUGGCUGGGAUUUUUGGCUAAAGUUAUGUUAAAAAUGCAUGUUUAUGGUUAAAUAAACCAUAUAAACUUUUUUUUUAGUUAAAUGAGAUCAAAUUAAUAUUAUAGAAAUGACUUAUGAAGGAAAGGGCGUACUGCCUAAAUUUCCCUCUAGACCUCAGAGCCACAGAACUUCAAGAUAACAUCUGUAUACUUAAAUAUUAUUUUAUCAGUGGAAACAAAGCCGUUUUAUUUCUGUACUGUUCAAAUUAAAACAAUGUGAAAAGAUGCUAAAUAUAAUUUAAUCCUAAUAAGUACAAAUUGAGGGCAGACAAAGCUGUAAUAUUUUAACAGUUUGUCAAUAUGUAGUUCUAUUAAUACAUUCAAGGUCUCCAAACCGGACCUUUGAAGACGAUUAGGGCCACUAGAAGGAAAAAAGACCUUUAAUCUCAGAAUUUUGACUUCGGAUCUCAGAAGAUUAAAGUCAGAAUUGGGAUUUAAGAGAGAACUGACAUCAAUCUGAGAAUUCUGAUUUUUUUUCCUCAAAAUUCUGACGUUUUUUCUCAGAAUUCCGACUUUGGAUCUCAGAAGAUUAAAGUCAGAAUUCUUAGAUUACAUUCAGAAUUUUGAGAUCAAGUAGAGAAUUCUGACAUUAAUCUCAGAAUUCUGACAAUUUCUUUCUCAGAAUUUUGAAUUUGGAUCACAAAAGAUUAGUCAAAAUUCCAAGAUUAAAUUCAGAAUUCUGAGAUUAAAGUCAGAUUUUCUUGUAUUUUUGUUUCAGUGACCCUCAGUCUCUUCCAAAUAGGGGACAUUUAUAAUCUGGAUGUUGCCCUAAAUGAAAAUGACUCUGCCAUCCCUGGCAUCCUGCUUCUGCUGGUAGUCUAGUUUUUUUUUGUUUUUUUGAAAGUGAGUCAAACUAGAGACUUCAUGUGUUUUUAUGUGACAGAUUAAGAGUGAAGGGAUGCUUCAAGAUGUCUGCUUCUUACCUGCACAGGCAUGUUUGUCCCUCCAGCCUGCAUGUCCUUGACCAGUGGAAUUAGAGGCGAGAGACUAGGCGACUGUGUGAGCAGGAUGACAACUCAGCAUCUCAGGCCUAAGGGGCCGAGUUAACACUCAGCCCACCUCCCUCUCACUCCAUCCACUGUUUUAUCCAUCAGUGGCAUUUAAAUACAGUCGGGCACGCGCGUCUACACACAGAGGCAACCAAAACACCGACUCUGAUCGACAUGGACACUCGCUCCUGCUGGGCCAAACUGGGUCUUCGUGUUAUCUUGAUGCCAUUCCAGUCCUGACAGGCCUGCUGACCCGUACUUUCCUUUUACCUCAUUUAAAGGAUUUAGUGACGAACAGAGAUGGAAAUAGACUUCCCUGCACUGGAUUCAGCUCAAUAAUGUAUACCUCUUUGGAGACUAUUUAUAAUAUUCCCUGACGGGUUUCUCGGAUGGAAAUGGAACUGGUUGCUAUUUUUUGAUGACUGCGGUCAUGUAGCGUUAUUAAAAUUGGUGUCACUCACCACUGUCAGCCCGGAUAUGUGAAAGCAACAGAACACAGACACAUUUGUUGGCACCUCUGGUGUUAAAAGCUCUAAAAUAAACGUAUCUGUUGCUGCAGCAGCAGCAUAAUCUCACCAGAAACAUUACAUGAAGUCGACCUUUACUCAGCGGGGAGAAAAAAAAAUCUGUCUUUAGAAAUAAAUGUUGUCUUUUUUAAAUUACUGCAAAAGACCAUUUGGCAAAAGGAGGACACUUCUGUUUUGAAGCAGAAAAGAGAGCAAAGUUUUUACUAUUCUUCUGCACAGUCUCCAUUGGUCAGUAGUGUCCAAACGUUUUGCUAAAAUAUCAAGUUGAAAAUACUCUGGAGAACAAAAGUUAGUUUUUUUUAAUUAAGUUACUUUAUGUUAACUUCUCUCUCUUUUAUCCCCAACAAUAAACUAACCACACAGUAUUUUAAAGGUGACAUAUUACUUCCUUUAACAAGUUAGGAUAUGUCUAUGCCUAUACAAAACAUGUUCAUUACAUUUUUGCAGAAAAUCAUUCUUUGAUAUUGAGCUUUAUGUCUGCUCAUAACUGUUGUAGGACCUCUUGUCACUUUAAAUCUAAAUAUGCUGCUGGCAAUGCCCCCCAACUCGAUGUUUACACUCGCACAUAAAAAUGGCAGCAAACAGACGCACAAUUAUACAAGUGUAUAUCUUUGAACAGCAGAAGUUGAGCCUGCUGCACAAUUAACAAGAAUGCAGCAAGUGUUUUCUGGUGGGUAAGUCAACAACAAAUUGUAUAGCGCAUACAGAGGUUGAACCAGAAGACCAAAUGUGCAGGAGUGCCGCUUUGGUUGCUAGGUGACAGGUGGAAUUUUGCUGGGGUUGCUAGGUAACGGGCUGGGCUGCGCAGUUAAAAAGAAAAAAAUUGCAUUCAAUGUUCCAGAUAUUUGGGGUUGAUGAUCUCUGUCUAGAUUUUUCUGUGUGCGUUUUCAGCAACAACAGUAUACAGCUCACCCUUUUUUUAAAUUAAAUGGUUCAGCUGAAGUUUGGUUUUCAGUAAAAUUCAGCAAAUGUUUUUCAGUCCAGUUUACCAACUUAGUAAAUUAAAA